AUGUCGGGCACCGCGCACGACUCCAGACUGCUGUACAAGGUGAAUAAUAUUCGAGCCUUCCAUAUCCAAGAUGGCGAGGAGCAAGAGUUGACGCCUUCGGGCCCUCAAACUCUCUCGCUGUUGAUGGUUCCCACCGCUGCGCCGGCAAACGCCUCCGCUGGUGGCACGCAGACCCCAGAGGAGGAUUUCUACUUGCAUCUCUCUAUUCCUCCCGAGCUGGACCUUGCCAUCCCAGCUACCACCCAGAUCUUCCACCAACCACCCGAUAGCUACCUCAUUCCUCGCUGGGACGUGGGUCCCGAGGUGGGUGCUUUUAUUCGCAUUCAGUUCCCCAGCAUUGGCACAGGUCCUAAAAAUGUCACACAAGAUGACAUCGACACCUUCGAGACCAUCCUCGCCCAGUGCACCGCAUUCAUGGAUUAUGCGCCUAGUUCUGGAAGCAAGUCUCGUGACCCUGCCCCUUACAAUCCAGCAGAUUUCGCGCCUGGAGAAGGGUAUGUCGGGACUGGCGGUACCCAGGGCGAGAACAUGCACGGCAGGAUCGUGCUAGUCGAUGAGGAGGACGGAAGAGUCGUCGGCGAAUUGGGUGAGGGCUACAAUGUAGUCGAGAACGGAGAUGUGAAACCCGGAUCAAAACGUCCUGUGGAAAUUGAACUUCCUGCCGAAGGGGAGGGUAAUAAGGUCAGAGUGGCCAAUGUUUCUGAAGAAUACUUGGAAAUGUCACGGCAUCCGGCAUAUCAGAACUCGACCAUCGUCCAGACAUCAGCCACCGCCUCGCGCUUGAUCGUGACAACCUCGUCGUACAUCUCCAAUGCAAUCACCAGCGGCGCCGAGAAUUUCAUGAAGAAGACCAAGCCUGUCCCUAAACCGGUGACUUUCUCCGAGGCCACACAUGCUCGCAUCCGCAAGGUUGGCACCUUCUCAAAUGGUGCGGCUGAUUUCUCUGCACGCACCCUGGGCCAAGUGGACCGUGUAGCGCAGAAUCUCGGCGCGUCAUUUGCGCGCAAGGAUGCGAAGCCGCGCAGCGAUAAGAGACACAUGCCUCCGCCCGAAUACAAGCCCGGCGUUCUGAACAAGUCCAUGAUUGCUUUCUCGACCUUGGCGGAUGGCAUUACCGAAAGCGCGCGCACCAUGUUGAUGACUGGCUCGGCCGCGGCUAGCAGCAUGAUUGGUCAUCGUUACGGCGCCGAGGCAGGCUCCGUCGCGAACGACCUGACUGGCGGUGUCAAGAACGUUGGUCUGGUGUACAUUGACGCGACGGGCGUGAGCCGUCGCGCCCUGCUCAAGUCCGUGGCCAAGGGCAUGGUGGUGGGACGCAUGCGCGACGGCAAAGAAGUCGUCGUGGGUGCCGGUGAUGGUGGCCAGCUGCCAGCUGAUGUGAAGCACAAUUUCGAGGCUGGCCCGUCCAACUCGGGCGUCGGGCAUGCCUCGCCGUCCCCUACGCCGCCACCUUCUUACGGUGCCCCGGGGACAAUGUCGCUGGGUGGGACACCCAAGUCAGGCGCUGGAUCAAAGCGGUGA